CUUCACAACUCUUACAACUAAAUUAAAUCUACAAAAAUAAUUAUAAUUGAAGUUUAAAGACAGAAAAUGUGGAGAAGUAUUUUCAUUUUCAUCUUCAAUUUGUGUCUUCUAGUUAGUGCAAAUGCAAAUAAUGACAAUCAAAGAAAGUCAUAUAUUGUGUAUAUGGGAGAACUUCCAAAGGACACAAGGUCCUUGUUUAGCAAUCACAACAACAUCCUCAAACAAGCAUUUGGAUCAAAUUUAGCAGUAGCACAACUACCGAGGGUACUACACAGUUACGACAAAAGUUUUAACGGGUUCGUGACAAAAUUAUUGCCAGAAGAAGCAGACCUUCUAUCUCAUAGAGAAGAUGUUAUUUCAGUGUUUCCCAACACAAUUCGACAACUUUAUACUACAAGAUCAUGGGAUUUUAUUGGCAUGCCAUUGAAUGUUGAACGAAAUCAAGUUGAAAGUGAUAUUAUUGUUGGUGUUAUUGAUACAGGAAUAUGGAUUCAAUCAGAAAGUUUCAAUGAUAAAGGAUUUGGGCCUCCACCUUCAAAAUGGAAAGGCAAAUGUGGCCAAGGUGCCAACUUCACUAAAUGCAACAACAAAGUGAUCGGAGCACAAUUUUUCAAUCUUGGAGGAGCAGGAAAUGAAAACGAGCUCUCCCCGGCCGAUUUCGAAGGCCACGGGACCCACGUGGCAUCCACGGUCGGUGGAGUACCCGUCCCGGGCGCUAGCUUGUACGGUCUAGCAGAAGGCACUGCACGCGGAGGGGUCCCAUCCGCGCGCAUUGCCACCUACAAAGCGUGUUGGUCCAUGGGGUGCACGGACAGCGACAUUUUAGCCGCGUUCGACGCUGCCAUCUCCGACGGAGUGGACAUAAUUUCCCUCUCCGUCGGAGGCGGAGGGCGCGAUUUUUUCGAGGAUUCAAUUGCUAUUGGAGCAUUUCAUGCCCUAAAAAAGGGGAUUUUGACAUGUUGUGCUGCUGGAAAUAGUGGGCCUGAUUUGGGAACUAUUGAAAAUGUAGCACCAUGGAUUUUCACAGUGGCUGCUACUAGCUCUGAUAGAAAAUUUGAGACUGAUGCUAUGUUGGGUAAUGGAGUGGCUAUUUCUGGAAUUUCAGUCAACACAUUUGAACCAACGAAAAAAUGGUUUUCAUUAACCUCUGGAACUCUUGCACAAGCAAAGAAUGCAUCUUAUUAUGGAAAUUCAAGUGCGUGCGAUUAUGGGGCUUUAGAUGAGAGCAAAGUGAAAGGGAAAAUACUAUAUUGUCUUGGAAGUAAUCAACAAGAUUAUGCCCUAAAAGGAUUACAAGGAGCUGGUACAAUUAUAUUAUCUGACAAAAUGACAGACACUCCAUCUAUUACAUAUAUAUCAUCAACAAGUAUCAACACAACAUAUGCUGCACAAGUUGAGAAGUACAUACAUUCUACAAAAUCCCCUCAAGCUGCUAUAUACAAAACAAGAACUGUGAACAUGACUGCACCAUUUGUGCCUUCUUUCUCAUCUAGAGGACCCCAAUCAAUCAGUCUCAACAUUCUCAAGCCUGACAUAUCUGCCCCUGGAUUGAGCAUCUUGGCUGCAUUUACAGGAUUGAAUUCUAUCAAUAGUGAUAGAACUAAAGACAAGAGAAUGGUGAAGUAUAAUGUUGAUUCAGGCACUUCCAUGUCUUGUCCACAUGCUGCUGCUGCCACUGCUUAUGUUAAAUCCUUUCAUCCUGAUUGGUCUCCUGCGGCUAUUAAAUCUGCUCUCAUGACAACCGCUACAUCUAUGAAGAUUAGGCCAGUGGGAGCUGAAUUAGCCUCAGGAUCAGGACAAAUAAAUCCAAGAAAGGCAAUUAAUCCUGGUUUAAUAUAUGAUCUUGAUAUUAACUCAUAUAUAGGCUAUUUUUGCAAAGAAGGCUAUAACAGUACAAACAUAGCUUUACUCACUGGAAGCAAAAUGUACAACUGUUCAAGUAUUCCAAAAGCAUUAGGGACAGAUGGACUAAAUUACCCUUCAAUACACUUACAACUUCAAAAUCCAAAUGAAAGUGAUAUUUCUGCAAUUUUUUAUAGAACUGUGACAUAUGUUGGGAAUGGCAAAGCUGUGUAUAAAGCAAAAGUUAGGGGACCAAAGUGUCUUUCUAUAAAUGUUGUGCCAAAUAUUUUGUCAUUUAGUAAAGUGAAUGAGAAAAAAUCAUUUAGAGUUGAGUUGAAGGGAAAGUUCACUAGAGAUAAAUCAUGGUACAUUUCUAGUUCUUUAGUGUGGGGUGGGAAAAAACCUUAUGUUAAAAGUCCUAUCUUAGUUUAUAGGCCAUUAUUUAAUGUUGUGUAUUAAAAGCUAGCUAUUGUUCAA